CCGCGAAUCAGCAGGGUAGCGGAGGCGUGAAUGCACAUGCGUAAAUCUCUCACGCAUUUCCGGGUGUCUCGCAGUAUUGAAUGUCUCCGGUAUGACUUUUAUUACAUAUAGCGCAGUAGAAAUACAAUGAAUUUGAACAUAUGUAACAACAUUCCAAAGUAAUAAUACAUUUGCAUUAUAUCUAACUGCUUGCCUUUGUUAUGUGUUUUUCGAUUACCUGUAUGCGAUGUCGUAACAGCUUAGGCAAUCGGCAGCUGCACUUGUUACGUAUAUUAUGGCGAGCCGUUGACCAUAGAGCGGCCCAUGCAGUUACAUUGCCCAGGCAAAAAUUUCAGUGCAAACAAAUGUGGUUAUGUAUGGUGCAUCGAAGGUUUCUUUCAUCACAGAGCUAUGGGGUAAGGGUGAGAUUUGCUCCAAGUCCAACAGGUUUUUUGCACUUAGGUGGACUGCGAACUGCCCUCUACAACUUCCUUUUUGCCAAAAAACAUGGAGGUAGCUUCAUUUUGAGGAUGGAGGACACAGAUCAGAGCCGACUUAUUUCAGGGGCAGCAGACAGAAUUGAAGAUAUGCUUGAGUGGGCUGGAAUUGCCCCAGAUGAAAGCCCAAGGAACGGUGGUGAUUUUGGUCCUUAUCAACAGUCGCAAAGACUGGAUAUGUAUCACCAGGCCGCUGACAUCUUGGUGCAGAGUGGUGCUGCCUACUAUUGCUUCUGUAGCCCUCAGAGACUGGAUUUAUUGAAAAAAGAGGCACUUCGGAGUCGACAGAACCCUCGGUAUGAUAAUAGAUGCAGGUCCCUCCAUCAUGACCAGGUGGCUGAAAAAUUGGGCCAGAGACAACCCCAUGUGAUUCGAUUCCGUCUAGAAGAGGGUGUGGAGCCUUUUGAAGACAUGGUUUUUGGCUGGAACAGGCAUGAAGUAGCUGCUCUUGAAGGGGACCCUGUUAUCAUCAAAGGGGAUGGCUUUCCCACCUAUCACCUGGCUAAUGUUGUUGAUGACCAUUUCAUGCAAAUCAGUCAUGUGUUGAGGGGUUCGGAGUGGCUCAUCUCCACCUCUAAGCACUUACUGAUGUACAGAGCUUUUGGGUGGAAGCCACCCACCUUUGCACACCUACCUCUCCUCCUGAACAAAGAUGGCAGUAAAUUGUCCAAACGACAGGGUGACAUUUUUAUUGAACACUUUGCAAAAAAAGGGUGUCUUCCUGAAGCUCUGCUUGAUCUUAUUACGAAUUGUGGGUCAGGAUUCACAAAAAACCAUCCUGGUCGAGAAAUCGUUGAGCUUAUCAGUGAUUUUGAUGCCUCAAGAUUAAUGACUCACUCUGCUACACUGGAUUUGGAGAAACUUCCUGAAUUUAACAGGAUGCAUCUGGUGCACAGAAUAAAUAAUGCAGCGAAAUGUGAUUCACUUGUGAAGGACCUGAAGGGCCACAUCAGGCAAGCAUAUGGAACACAAAUCCAGGAAAAGGACGUCCUUCAAAACGACUACAUCAAGCGUGUCCUUCAUCUUCGCAAGGGCCACAUAACUUGUCUGCAUGAUCUGUUGGCACCUGAUUACGCAUACCUGUGGAUAAGACCUUCCGUCCAGCUGGAGCAACUGGAGAAUGUUUCUUCAGAAGCACACAACAUUCUGGCACUGGCCAUGGAGAUGAUUCUGAGACAUACCAGCAAACAAACAACAGAAUAUCUCAACCUGGAGUUGAAACGACUAGCAGAAAAAAUAGAGAAGUGCCAGUACAGAACAGUGAUGAAGGUGUUGCGUCUGGCACUAAGUGGAUUACAGCAAGGGCCAAGUGUUGCUGAAAUGAUGGUAUCUUUGGGACCUACUGAAAUACAGUAUCGCUUACAGAGAGCAAUGGAACGCUGAUUAACAACUGAUUACUACAGUUGUACACUUCUGUAUUAAAUAUUUUGCACAUUGUUACCUGAAUGUGUCUGUUACUAUUUAUCUGCUUUUCUAAAUCCAUUCAAGGAAGAGUAUAAUACUACUGAACUGCAGGAUGAGGUAAUGUUAAACCAAAACCUUGUUAAAGCAGAUAUACCAUACAAAAGAACCACAUGAUUCAUAUUUCAGUCAUAUAUGACAGUGCAUUGUGUUUUUUGUAUCUUCACUAGGCUACUUUUUUUCCCUCAUGAUUCUGGGCACAUUCAUACCAAAAACAUGUAAAGCACUCAAGGGAAAAGUCUAGGAAAAAUAUUAAACUUUUACGUGAACUUCACAUUUUACCAUACGUGAUAACAUAUGGCUCUAAUGGGAAGUGCAUGUUUAUUGUUUGUUGUUUCUUAAUAAAAAAAAUGUAUAUGAUUCAAAUGAAAGACAUGAUUGAUCAUUCCACAAUCAUUUUGUCUAAUUAGCCAUGAGAAAGUUAAUGUUAUGUUCUUAGACAACACAAACUGAAUGCAUCAACUGAAAAAGGAUAUUUCCUUUGUACAUGCUUCAAUUGAGAUCAUUUGAAAGAAUUAUAAAUACUAAUACAAGACAUUAAUUUAAUAUGCAUUGUACAGAAUUAUGUAUUUUACAGGAAUGAAGGACAUAUAUGACUAAUGGCAUUAAUUUUGUGUGUAUUUUACAUGAAUAAUGGACAUAUAUGUCUACAUCAUUUUGGCUCCACAUCAAAGUCCUGAUCAACAGUGUUAUGUGAUGUCCUUAAAUAAAGAGUAAUGUGCUGUAUUUGA